UGCGUUCCGAUGACGUACAACGUGUGCGACUCGGUUAUCAACAUGCGGGAUGGACGCCUUGGCUGUAGCCAACGUGUGUGACGAGAAAUAAAUUAUUUACAUUGCAAGUGGCGCCUAAUUAUUCGGAGUUUGGGGCAUUUCUCGCGAGCAAGAUGGCGAAUAUCAAUCUCCGAUUCAAAACGAAUUAUGCUGUUUCCAGCAAGAUCGAGCCGUUUUACAAAGGAGGCAAAGUGCAGAUCAGCAAAGAUGAAAACUACAUCUUCUGCACAUGUGGAUCUCGUGUCAAUGUUUUGGAGAUCAGCACAGGGAAGAUCGUUCACUGUGUGGAGCAUGACGAUCAAGAGGACAUCACAUCGUUUGCGCUCAGCUGUGACGAUGAGUUUCUGGUAACAGCCAGCAGGGCUCUGUUGCUGAAGCAGUGGGACUGGAGGCAGGCCACCUGCGUUCGCUCCUGGAGGGCGAUUCACACGGUUCCUGUUGCCAGUAUGACCUUUGACCCCACCUCCACCCUCCUGGCAACAGGUGGCUGUGAUGGCACCAUAAAGGUUUGGGACGUGGUGAAGCAGUACUGCACUCACAACCUGAAAGGGUCGUCUGGUGUCGUACACUUGGUCCAGUUCCACCCAGACAUGGACCGGCUGCAGCUCUUCUCCUCCUCUCUGGACUGCGGCAUUCGGCUGUGGGACCUGCGCUCCAGCAAGUGUGUGUGCGUGCUCCAGAGCCACUACAGCGCCGUCACCUCCCUCAGCUUCAGCCUGGACGGCGACACCAUGAUCAGUUCCGGCCGAGAUAAAAUCUGCACAGUGUGGGACCUAAAAAGUCGGGAAGCGAAGAGAACGAUUCCGAUCUACGAGGCUGUGGAAGGUGUCACGCUCCUGCCUGAGGAGACAGAUUUAUCUGAGAUUGGCGUGAAGACCAAGGGCUUAUAUUUCAUCACAGCUGGCAGCAAAGGUAUAAUGAGGUUGUGGGACGCCAACAAGGCGCGGUGCGUCUACACCCAGACCCUCUCCUCCACCCUCGCCCCUGCCUCUGGAGAGGAGGAGGAAGAGAAUGACGGCGACAACCCCCGUAGUCUCACGCACCUCUUUUACCUGCCUGCCUCCUCCAGACUGGCCACAGUCACCGCAGAACACAACAUAAUGUUCUACAAGCUGCCCGACCUCACCACAAUGCAGCAGUUCGUGGGUUACAAUGACGAGGUGCUGGACGUGAAGUUCCUGGGGAAAGGCGACAGUCACAUCGUGGUGGCGACCAACAGCUGCCAGCUGAAGGUGUUUGAGCUGCUCACCAACAGCUGCCAGAUCCUCUACGGACACACAGAUACUGUCCUCACGUUGGACGUGUUCAAAAAAGGCCAACUCUUUGCAAGCUGCGCCAAGGACAGGUCGGUGCGUGUGUGGCAGAUGGACGGUGGUCGGGUGAGAUGUGUGGCCCAGGGCUCCGGCCACACCAAUGCUGUGGGCUCCAUCACCUGCUCCAGGGUGAAAGCGUCUUUCAUUGUGACUGGUAGUCAAGAUUGUACCGUGAAGGUGUGGGAUCUGCCGGCAGACCUCUUUACGACAGAGGCGGACAUCCAUCAGCUGACCGCCCGCACCACGGAGAAGGCACACGAUAAGGAUGUGAACAGCGUUACAGUGUCGCCCAAUGACAAGCUCCUGGCCACGGGCUCCCAGGACCGCACGGCCAAGCUGUGGUCGCUGACGGGGGACGGGAACCUGGCCCUGCUGGGCGUGUUCCGAGGCCACCGUCGCGGCGUUUGGACCGUCUGCUUUUCACCGGUCGACCAGGUGCUGGCCACCUCCUCCGCAGAUGGCACCACCAAGCUGUGGAGCCUGCAGGACUUCAGCUGCCUCAAGACGUUCGAGGGCCACGAUGCGUCCGUCCUCAAGGUCGUCUUUGUGAGCCGAGGCGCUCAGCUGCUUUCCAGCGGCUCCGAUGGUUUGGUAAAGCUGUGGACCAUAAAGACCAACGAGUGCGUGAAGACGCUGGAUGCCCACCAGGACAAAGUGUGGGGUCUCCACGCCAGUCACAAGGAUGAUAAGAUGGUGACUGGCUCAGCAGACUCUCAUAUCACCGUGUGGGUGGAUGUCACUGAAGUGGAGAUUGCAGAAGAGCAGGCCAAGCAAGAGGACCAGAUCCUCAAGCAGCAGGAGUUGUCGAACCUGCUCCAUGAGAAGAAAUAUCUGAAGGCCCUGGGUCUCGCCAUCUCACUCGACCAGCCUCACACUGUGCUGACUGUCGUCAAAGCAAUCCGUCAGCAGGAGACCAGCCACGAGCUCUUGGAAAAAACUGUGCUGAAGCUUCGACAAGAUCAAAAAGAGUCGCUCCUGCGCUACUGUGUGGUGUGGAACACCAACGCCAGGAACUGUCUGGAUGCCCAGGCCGUCCUCCAGGUGCUCCUCACACACCUGCCGCCCGAGGAGCUGCUGCAGUACCAGGGGGCCCGAACACACCUGGAGGGUCUCAUUCCUUACACAGAGAGACACAUGCAGAGGAUUGGCAAUCUGCUGCAGGCAUCCAUGUUCUUGAACUACAUGUGGCAGAAGAUGAGAGUUGCCGGAGCACCAUCCAGCAUGGACCAAGGUGAAGACAUGGAUACUACACCUCUCGUCCAGACCCAACCUUUCUUUGUGAUUGACAAGGAGAAAAGGGACGUCAACAGUGAAGAGAGACAGGACGAAGGGGACGACAGUGACAGCGGACAAGACGAAGAUCUAAACUGCUCGGUUGAAGACGUAGAGCAGAUUGAUGAGGUCAGCGCCACCAGCAAAGCCUCCACCAACAAUGGGCAAUUGAAAAACGGAAACCAUGACCCGGGAAGUGAGGAGAGCUCAGAAGAGGAAGACAUGGAAGACAAUGAUGAGAACGAUGUAACCACGAUAAAAGUCACAAAACGUGUCCCGGUGUCUGUCACUCCACAACGCCAGGCUCUCGCUAGCUGACAGAAAUCACCAAGCUGAACACAGGUGACUCACUUCUGUAAAAAGAUUUUCACAACUUGGACCAUUAGUGAGCCUGAAUAAUAUGUGGCAGUGCUACAGGAGACAGUGAAAAGGGUGUGAAAUUACAAUAAGGAAAACUGGCUCACUUCUCAGCAGUCUUGAAGACUUUCAGUCUUGUGCCAGCACCAAAACUAGUCCAUCAGCCUCCAGGCAGGAAAAGAAGAGAUGAAACAGAUUGCACAAAGAAAUAGCUGCAUAAAUAUUCAGGCGUUGAGACACUGCCCUCUUCACCCACAGCACAUACUACUGUGUUGUUCUGCAAUGUUGCAAAGACUUGAUCUACCAGGUUGUCAAGAAUGCAGUUUCCCUGUGCACCCCACGCCUUUCCUUAUACCCAUUUUUUUAAUGUCUUGUCUACAAAUGUUUAUAAAAUAAAAAUGGUUUGAAAAUGA